AUCUAAUUUCAUCAAAGUAAAAUCAGAUGGAAUUCAUGAACUCCACCCACAAUCGUUCUCUCUCUCCUCCAUUAUCAACCUUCAAUCUGUUCUUAUUAUAAUCAAAUCUUCUUUUCUAAACCCCUAAAUUCGAUUAUUUAUCACAAAAAUUUCAAUUUCCCCCCAAAUUUCAAUCUCUCUCCUCCAAUGAAAAAAAUUCCCAGAAACCCUAAAACCCAUUUCCAUCUUUAAUUCAAUCCCUAAAUUGCCCCCCUUCAAUUUUCAAAUGGAAAACCAGGUCUUAAAUUUCGAUAUAGAAUUAGGACCUGGGACCACAAUCUCCGACGACGCCAUUGAAAUCGACCUCCCAGAAACCCCAUUUCCUCUAUUCUCCGCCAUUGAAGGCGAAUUGGUAGAGCUGGAACCCUACGACGGUAUGGAGUUUGAGUCCGAGGAAGCCGCAAAAGCCUUUUACAACUCGUACGCGCGUCGAAUCGGUUUCAGCACCCGAGUCAGUUCGUCGCGGCGUUCGCGUAAAGACGGCGCAAUUAUUCAACGCUCCUUCGUUUGCGCGAAAGAAGGGUUUCGUAAUUUGAACGAAAAGCGGACGAAGGACAGGGAGAUUAAGCGUCCUAGGAUGAUUACAAGAGUUGGGUGUAAAGCAAUUUUGUCUGUAAAAAUCCAGGAUUCUGGGAAAUGGGUUGUGAUUGGUUUUUGUAAGGAGCAUAAUCAUGAGCUUGUACCUCCUGAUCAAGUGCAUUGCCUCCGAUCGCAUAGACAAAUUUCUGGGCCGGCAAAAACGCUGAUUGAUACGUUGCAGGCUGCUGGGUUGGGGCCAAGGAGGAUAAUGUCCGCGUUGAUUAAGGAGUAUGGUGGGAUUAGUAAAGUGGGGUUUACUGAAGUUGAUUGUAGGAAUUAUAUGAGGAAUAAUAAGCAGAGGUCUAUGGAGGGUGACUUUCAGCUUCUAAUUGAGUAUUUGAAGCAAAUGGAGAUGAAAAGUUCGGAGUUUUAUUUCGCGGUACAAGGGGAUGGUGAUCAUCAUUGUUCUACUUCCACAGGUAAUGUUUUCUGGGCUGAUGGUAGAGCUAGGAUGAAUUAUAAUUAUUUUGGUGAUACUGUUACUUUUGAUACUACAUUUAGGUCUAAUAGAUAUAGAUUGCCUUUCGCGCCUUUUACUGGGGUUAAUCAUCAUGGACAACCUGUGUUGUUUGGGUGUGCUUUUUUGAUCAAUGAGUCCGAAUCGUCUCUUGUUUGGCUGUUUAAUACAUGGUUGGAUGCUAUGUCGGGGAAGCAUCCGUUGUCCAUAACUACUGAUUAUGAUGCCACUAUUAGGUCUGCUAUUAUGCAGGUUUUUCCGGAUACACGACACCGGUUUUGCAAAUGGCAUAUGUUUAAGAAGUGCCAGGAGAAAUUGUCUCAUGUUCUUCUUGAGGCUCCGGGUUUUGAGGGGGAUUUUCACAAGUGUGUUAACUUGCCUGAGUCGGUUGAUGAGUUUGAGUGUUGUUGGUUGUCAGUUUUGGAUAGGUAUAAUCUCAGGGAUAAUGAGUGGAUUCAGUCGAUUUACUCUGCUCGGAGGCAGUGGGUUCCAGUGUAUUUACGAGAUGCAUUCUUUGCUGAGAUGUCAAUUACACAACGUAGUGACAGUAUGAACUCGUACUUUGAUGGUUAUGUGAACGCCUCCACCAAUCUUAGUCAGUUUUUUAAGUUGUAUGAAAAGGCUCUAGAGAGUCGAAAUGAAAAAGAAGUUAAAGCUGAUUUUGAGACUAUGAGUAGUCCUCCUGUUCUUAAGACCCCAUCUCCGAUGGAGAAACAGGCCUCAGGACUUUACACUACAAAAAUAUUUAUGAGGUUUCAAGAAGAGUUGGUAGGGACUUUGACUUUUACAGCAACAAAGGCAGAUGAUGAUGGGGAGGUUCUGACUUAUCAAGUAGCAAAAUAUGGGGAUGAUCGUAAGGUGUUCCGUGUCAGAUUUAAUGUUUUAGAGAUGAUAGCAACUUGUAGUUGCCAGAUGUUUGAGUUCUCCGGACUUCUUUGCAGACAUGUAUUGGCAGUGUUUAGAGUGACUAAUAUUCUUACUUUGCCCUCUCUUUACAUUUUGAAGAGAUGGACAAAGACUGCGAAGAGUAGUGUUAUAUUGGAUAAUCCACAUGGAAGUACUGUGACUAGUUAUCUAGAGUCGCAUACAGUCCGCUACAAUUCCCUACGUCAUGCAGCUUUCAAAUUUGUUGAUGAAGGGGCUAGUAGUUCAGAGACAUAUGAUGUUGCAAUGGCUGCUUUGCAAGAGGCAGCAGAAAAGGUCGCCCAGGCUUUAAAGAAUGUACAAAGAAGUUCCUUGGCAAAUGGGCUUAUUAAGGACUCAACAAGAGAAAGAGGCUUAAGGGAUAAAGUCAGCCAUGCCAAUGAUGUGAGCCUCAGUGAGCAAGUGUCUGAGGAUUUCAUGGACCAGAAAAUCAGAGAACUUAGUAAGGAGCUAGAAUCAGCUAGCCGAAAGUGUGAAGUUUAUCGAGCCAACUUGCUUUCGGUUUUGAAAGACAUUGAGGAUCAUAAACAACAACUAGCAGUGAAAGUUCAUAAUGUGAAGAUUAGCCUCAAAGAUUCCAUUUAAAGAUGCUAUGCAAUUGCCUGUACUCGAUGUAUAUAGAGUACGAGAUAUAAUUUUUUUCUUUUAGCUCAAUUACUCAUUUAUUCCCAGAUAUUUUUUUUUUCUUUUUCUUCAUUAGACAUUGUACAUUGUGUGGAUAGUAAAGAGGUAGGAGUUUUAGGCCUUUGACAUAAAUUGUAUGUGUCCUAACAUCUAUAUUUGUAAUUAACAGAUUACACGAGCAAAUCAGUUUUCCCCUAUAUUUUCUGGAAUAAAUGUUUUCUUUGUGUUAUUAAGUGA